AUCCUCGCAUAACUGGUAGGGAGAUAGUUUUAGCUGAGAAUGCUAAAAUGCAAAUAAGAAUUUACGAAUUACAACAACAGAUUCGUGCUUUAAAUGCUGACAGAGAUGAAUUGGUUCAAGAAAAUACACGUUUAAGAAAUAGAAAUCAAGAAUUUGAAACAGAUAAUAAUCAGAUUCGUGCAACAAAUAAAAAUUUGACGCGAUUAAAUGACACGUUAAAAAUUGUUUUGAGAGAUGCUGAAGACGAAAGAGACCAUUAUAGAGCUGCUAAUAUCAAAGAAUUUGAAGAUUUUAUUUCGAAUUAUAUUUUUGGCUUAUUUAAUAAUAUUGGAACAUUGUUGCGAUUCGAUAAUCAAUACAUGAGAAAUAUUUUUUUAUACCCGAUUUUCAUAAUCCCAUAUAUAAAUCUCACGACGAUGAAGAGAAUUCAUGUUAUUGAAUUUGAUAAAGAUUUUAUUAUAUAUGUUAUUUAA